GGCCGGGGCCGGGGCCGGGGGCGUGCGGGAGCGGGAGCGGGAGCGGAGCGGCCGCCCGCGGCAGCGAUGCAGCGGGCUGCAGUGGCGUUUGAGGACGUGGCCAUCUACUUCUCCCCCGAGGAGUGGGUAGAGCUGGCAGGAUGGCAGCGGAAGCUCUACCAGGAGGUGAUGAUGGACAAUUAUGACCUGGUGGCCUGCCUGGGCGCUCUUGGCCCCAAGUCCAAGCUCGUCCACAAAAUGGAGCGUGAGGAGGAGUCCUGUGGCGGAGUCCCCCAAGGAGAGUGGCACGGAGGAGUCCUCGACACCUCUGCUACCGCUGGCUGGGACAUGACCGCUGAAGAGGACCUGUCCGAGGGCGACCAUCAGAGACGCUGGAUCCUGCAUGCAUCGCUGGACCAGGGACCAGAAGGGCUGGCAAUCAAGUACCCUAGGCUCUGCCCUAGCUGGUGUGAAGUGAAGCCCGGGGCCUGGGCAAGCGACGCUCCGCAGGAGCUGCCAGGCUGGGACCGGCAGGAGCAGCCGUUGGAUGCGCUGGAGGCGGGCAGCAAAGGGCUCCUCAUCUGCGGCACCUGCGGGCGGAGCUUCGAGGACGAGGCCACCCUGAGCGCGCACCAGCGUGAGCAUCUCCGCCCGGUGCCCUCCUACGAGUGCACAGCCUGCGGGAAGAUUUUCCGCCACCACUGCAACCUCCUGACGCACAAGAAACACCGGGGCCAGAGCCGUCACGCUUGCACGGAGUGCAGCAGGACCUUCUGCUUGAAAGGGGACCUGCUGCGGCACCGGGCAGGGCAUGCGGGCGAGGGCGGCUACGCCUGCCCGCUCUGCGGGGAGAGCUUCCGCCACAAGCGCAACCUGCAGGCGCACAGGAAGGAGCACGCGAUGGACGCGCUGAAGAAGUGCCCCGAGUGCGAGAAGCGCUUCGAGGACGAGGCCAGCCUGAGCCGGCACCGGGCCACGCACUGCGAGGAGCGACCGUUCGUCUGCGGGCGCUGCGACCGCAGCUUCAGCUGGAAGGAGAGCCUGAUGAUCCACCAGCGCAGCCACACGCAGGAGCGCUCCCACAAGUGCCCCGACUGCGGCCGUAGCUUCAGCCGCAGCGGGAACCUCUUGGUGCACCAGCGUGUGCACACGGGCGAGCGUCCCUUCGCCUGCGCCCAGUGUGACAAGGCCUUCUGCAACAAGGCCAAUCUCAUCACGCACAAGAAGCUCCACCGGCGGCUCAAGUCCUUUGCCUGCUCCGAGUGCCAGCUGGGCUUCAGCUCCAAAAGCAAGCUGCUCUUGCACCAGCAGGCACAUGGAGAGGGGGACAAGCGGCCCUUUGCCUGCACCGAGUGCGGGAAGAGCUUCCAGCACCGGGGGAACCUCAUCACCCACCUGCGCGUGCACACGGGUGAGAAGCCCUUCACCUGCACCGUGUGUGGGAAGAGCUUCAGCCAGAAGGGCGACCUGAUGCGGCACCAGCGCAUCCACACGGGUGAAAAGCCGUUCGAAUGCACCGUGUGUGGGAAGAGCUUCUGCUCCAAGCAGACCUUCAUCCUGCACCAGCGCAUCCACACUGGCGAGAAGCCUUUCUCGUGCACUGAGUGUGGGAAGAGCUUCAACCGCAAGGCCAACUUCAUCACGCACCAGAAGAUCCACCGUGGCGAGCGCCCCUUCAUCUGUGCCGAGUGCGGCAAGGGCUUCUGCGCCAAGAAGACCUUCAUCCUGCACCAGAAGAUCCACAUUGGUGAACGCCCAUUUGGUUGCUCCGAGUGCGGGAAGAGCUUCAGCCGCAACGGCGACCUGACGCGACACCAGCGGAUCCACACCGGGGAGCGUCCCUUCGCCUGCGCCGACUGCGGCAGGUGCUUCAGCCACAACGGCGAGCUGAUCAAGCACCAGCGCAUCCACACGGGUGAGAAGCCCUUCACCUGCACGGAGUGCGGCAAGAGCUUCAACCGCAAGGGCACGCUUAUCACCCACCAGCGCAUCCACACCGGCGAGCGCCCCUUCGUCUGCCCCGAGUGCGGCAAGACCUUCAACCUCAAGACCACGCUCAUGAAGCACAAGCGCAUCCACACCGGCGAGCGCCCCUUCACCUGCCUGGAGUGUGGGAAGAGCUUCAAGUACAAGGGCAACCUCCGGACCCACCACCUCACCCACACGGUGGAGCGGGUCUACCCCUGCACCGAGUGUGGCAAGAUCUUCAGCCAUAAGAAGGAGCUGACUGUGCAUCAGAGUGUGCACACAGAGGAGAGGAUCCUGUCCUGCUACAGAGAUGGGGAGUCCUUCAACCCCUUCCUCCCCAUGCACCCACUCCUCAUGUCCUGCACCCAAAUCCAGAUGCCGCUGGAAGCCUUCUCAAAAUACAAGUAGGAGGGGCCCCCAAAAGUAGAAAGAGCUCUGCAACUUGCCUGUGGCUCAGCCCUGGAGCUGGAGUGGAGGCAGAAGGAACGACACAAUAAUUUUAUGACUUAGACCUACUCUGGUGCUGGCAGGAUAUCGGGGCCUUGCCCUGGAGAGCUUGCAGUGUUGAAGAACAAGCUGACGAAAGAGCCACGUGUCCCCAAAGCGCAUACGAACAUGCUUGGGACACACUGUGACCAAAACAGAAGUAAAGGAUUUGACCUUGCCCUGCAGGUUGCCAAAGAUGAUGUAGCUAUUCCCCCAUGGCUGGUUAGAGAGGUUUCCAAAGCCUCCAGCUCGGAGGCUGGAGGGCUCCAGGCAGGAGCGGUCGGGGGGCGGCUGGGGCCGAGCUGGCCUCCCUGGGACGUGCUCCACGUCUCGCCACCUGAACGCAUGGGUUGGCGCCUGCAGGGUCUCCUGCCCAGGCCCCAGCUUGGGAACGAGCGGGGAUGCGCCAGGCAGACUGUUCUUGCAACACAAGGGCAGGUGGUUUCCCAGGGUGCGCCGACUGUUGUGCGUUGUGGUGAAGCUGCAGGUUUCUGGGGAGCUUGUCCCAGGCGGUGCUGGCAGCUUCCCGAGGGAGCGGCUGGCAAGAGCGGAUAGCUGAAGCCCUGCCUCGUUGUUGGAAGAAGCAUCCCGUUGCAGCUUGGCCCAGCGAGAGCUCGCGAGGUGGAAACGCAGCAGGCGGGCUGGGACCUGGGACUCGAAGCACGGGGUCCUGCCGAGGGGCUCCGCUCCGGUCUCCCACGGCAUCCCGAGGCCAGCGGGGGCUGGGGCAGGAGGCAUCACCGCUUGGCUGCGAGCUCCCGGAGGCUGCCUAGAAACCUUUAGAAUGAGCGUUGCAGCAGCUGGAAACGAAGAAGCCCCGGGUGCUGGGCCCUCCCUCGCCGCCACGGGGCUCGUCCCUCACUGUUAUUUGCUCUCCCUGAUGCUGCAGCCGGUCUGAUUUCAGCAUCUCCUGUCGAUGUGCUUCCGUGGGCCCCUGGGAGAUCGUCGCAGCCCGACGGACGUGGGCUAGUCCUCGUCUUGUGUAACGGGGCUUCAGCGCGGUUACUAGUUAGGAAGGGGGUAAUUUUAAAGGUAGGAGUUGUCUCUCCCUGCGAAUGUCAGCGCUGCGCAGGCGCUAGACUUGGAGGGUGCGUAACUCGCCGGGCGCGAUUCGGUCCUUCCCCUUCCCGGGCAGAGAUGGUGGUGGCGGUGCUUCCCCGGAUAAACCGUGCCUCCUCCGGGACCGGGUGGCAGCCCGCUCCGUCUCUUAGCACGCUUGUGGCAGCCUCCGCCUGGCCGCCUCUCACCGCGCCGUGUUUUCGGCAUCCUUCCUUUGCCGGCUCGUGUCAGAGCCCUGGGCGGGAAGCGGCUGGUUCGCAGCGCCCGGGAGAGCGCUGCCCGGUGCCUGCUGCUCGCUGAGCCCCGCUCGGCUCCGUCGCCGUAGCGGGCGCUUGCCCGGCGCCCCGCGUGCAAUUCUCCUAAGAAUAUUUUGCAGAUGGACUCGGUAACUGCGUGGGCUGCCUGGAAAGGAGCCUUUGCUGGCCUCUUCUGCAUGGUGUUCCUGUCGAUGUAUAGCAAACUAAUCGUUGUGUGUGGUGUGCACCUUGGAAACGUACUUCUGUGUCAAGUUAGUCUUUCAUCCCGUCGGCCGUCGGCCUGCAGUCGUGCACCGCGGGAGUCGAGCGGCAGAGGUGCUGCUGGCAGGGCCCGUGCACGGUAGCUUUUGUUCCCGGGCAAACACUGCUCCUUCUUGGUGUUCCUGCGGUAACGGGGCCGUCGGCUGCGGAGCCGAGAGGCCCUGCGCCGGCGGCGGGAACCGGGCGCUCCCGAGCAGAAGCUCUGCGCCGACCCGCUCUGGGGCUCGAGGCAGGUCUCAGCUUCGCUGCCUCAGUUUCCCCAUCCAUGAAAUGGGGCUGGUAAUACUGUAGCUACCUCACAGGGGAAUUGUGAUGGUUCACCAAUUACCUGCUGUCUGUACAGUGCUUUGGAGAGGAUAGAAAGCGCUUGGCUACGAGACUGCUGAGUAUUAUUACUAGCACUACUGUGGACUAGGGACUGCUCUUCGGUUAGGUAACAUGCGAGAACUUCUCCUUAAGCCCUUGUAACGCAGCAAAGCAAGGACCAUAUGUAUUUAUAUCUUUUUUUUUCUAAUCUAGAAACUAAUAAAAGGUGAAAACAAA